AUGUCCCUCGCGCCACCAACGGGUAGCUCGCCGGCCGUGCACAUCUCCAAGACGUGCCAGAACUGCUUCUCGCUUAAGAUACGAUGCGACCGAACACAACGACAGGACAUUUGCGACAGGUGCGCGCGGCUGGAGAAGCAAUGCGUGUUCCGGCCAGCCCGGCGGCGCGAUAACUCGGCCAAGCGGGACUCACGCAUACACGCCCUCGAACAGCAGGUCCAAGAUCUUCUGCGUCUGCAAAGGCCCGGCCCAACAAUCCAGCAAUCGCUGCCUGAAGGCACUGCUGUCUCGACAUCCCCUAACGUAGACCCUGAUGGCGACGUUAUCGACGAUGACCUUGUCUCGCUUGAAAAAGCGGACACGCUCGUGGAGAUGUACAAGACAGACAUGAUGCCCCACUUUCCAUUCGUCAUCAUACCCCCAAACCUCACAGGCAGCGACCUACGGCAUACCAAGUCAUUUCUCUUCCUUGCUAUACUAUCCGUCGCGUCCUUUCAUGACCUGGGCACGCAAGAAAAGCUAUGCCACCGCUUCAAGUACAUGGUGAGCGAGAAGGUGUUGUUGGGCGGAGACGACUGCCUACAGUUGGAGUACCUCCAGGGGCUGCUCAUAGUACUGGCAUGGAAUCAAUACCAUGGACGAAGCAAGUACUACUCCCAAUAUCUCCAACUGGCCAUCUCCAUAGCCGUCGAUAUGCGGCUCGAUCGCAAACCCAUCAGACACAAAUCCGCGAGCAACAAACGAGACCCCAUCGCCGAAAAGAUGGGCACGCCGACUUGGGGGCCAGAGGAGCAGCGGGCAGCAGCUGGUAUAUUUUACAUAUCGUCAACGAUAUCAAAGCUGCUUGACAAGAUGAACACUUUUCAAUGCACGCACUUCAUCGAAGAAGGUUGCCUUGCGUUGCAACAACAGGCCGAAUACAGGACAGACAAGGACCUGUACCAUGUGAUACGGCUGCAGCGCAUUAUUGAGAACAUCGAUAAGAUUGCGACCGCGUCGACCUCAGACGCUGACGCACAGUCUUCAUAUCUCAAUAUGCGUUCAGAGCUGGAGGAUUUUCGGGUCUAUCUCUGCUCUGACGUUAGUGAUAGUCACCUCCUCUUUAUGCAGUUUCAUACAGCGAAACUCUUCCUCUACCAAGUCGCCUUCUUCGAGCGCAAUCUCCAACAUUCGCCGGAACUUCAUCUGAAUAUCCUCUGCGAAGGCUUGGAAGGUGCUAAAUCCUUUCUUGACCUCUACUUGUGGCUGCCACCAAAGUCAGAAAUGGCUCUCACCAACUCCGAAUGGAUUCAGUUAUCGUUCGGUGUGACGCUUGCUGCCAAAUUCGCUAUUGUUAGCAAAGACCCCAAUGUGGAGCCUCAUACACGAGACUUACGACAUCGAUUGAACAUUGAUCACGUCUUCCGACAUCUUGUGCUGCGGAUAGGAGCAUUAGUGGGAAGAGCAGGAGACGGAGACAAAAGUAAAGACAUAUUCGUCUACUACGAACAACGUACGCGCAAGGUUCAGAAAUGGUAUGAGAAAAUCAUGCGAGCAACUGGAGCGAAUAGCCCCAAGACGCCACCAGUUCCUUUUCAAGCCACCCCUGGCAAUCAUCAACAGACGCGUCCGCCACCAUCGCAGACAGCAAAUCCCGGCAAAUCGACCGCAUCGGCAUCAAACGUACCACUGUCCACGACCUUUGCGCAUCAGCAACCGCAAAACUACCCUCAAGGGCAACCGCAAUCGUACCCACAGCAUGACUACACCCAGCCGAUUUUGUAUCCACAUGUGCCUCUGCCGACGACACAGGAACAACAAGUACCACUAGCCUCGAUGGGCAUGAUACCCAUGAGCUCUUACGAUGCCUACAGUUCAGUACCCUCGAUAGCGUUUCCUGACCUGAUGAACGCGCAGGGCUGGGAUAACAUGUUCGCCAUCCCCAUGGAGCAUGACGCGCUGAUCUUCGAUGUUAGCCAAGGUUAUGGGUUGGGCAUGGCGAGUCCGCCUAGUGACACGACUUCCACAUGGGACAGUCCAAAGGGGCUCUAG